CCCCCGUCCGUCGUCUCCUCCCGAUAAAAGGACCCCGAUCUUCGCUCCGUUCCCCUCGCCGAUCGAUCCAGCUCAAGAAACCAUUCUCCAUUUCUCUCCUCCCCCAGCCACCAUCCAGCCAGCCUCUCUCUCGUACCGCGACGUACGCGCGGACUCUCCGGACCAGACACAGACACAGCCCGUUCGUUUCCCAUGGCGCAGCGCGACCACAGCAAGGAGGAGCCGACGGAGGUGCGGGCGCCGGAGAUCACGCUCUGCGCCAACCGCUGCGGCUUCCCGGGCAACCCGGCCACGCAGAACCUCUGCCAGAACUGCUUCCUCGCCGUCGCACGCCCGUCCUCGCCGUCCUCCUCCUCCAUGCCUGCGGCAGUCUCCGUCUCCACCCCCGCGGCGGUCGUCGACAGGCCGAGGCCGGCUACGCAGGUUGAGCUAUCGCCGUCCAGCCCCGCCGUUGACCAAGCUCCGGCGCUGGAGGUGAAGCCCGCAAAGACGUCGGUGAACCGGUGCUCCAGCUGCCGGAAGCGCGUCGGGCUGACCGGGUUCCGGUGCCGGUGCGACCGGACGUUCUGCGGCGAGCACCGGUACUCGGACCGCCACGGCUGCACCUUCGACUACAGGGCGGCCGCCAGGGACGCCAUCGCCAGGGACAACCCCGUCGUGCGCGCGCCCAAGAUCGUCAGGUUCUAAAGAGAGGAUCGAGGCGUCUUAGCCCAAGGCAAAGAAAAAGCUGUGUUGUUAUGCUGUUCUUCGAUGUGUUUCCCUUUUAAAAAUUUAUAAAUUGAAAAAUGGGGAGGUAUUGAGAGGUGGGAGGAAAAAGAAUAGCCUGUGUAAUAUAAUGAACCGGUGGUUGAGGCGAAUGGGAAAGAAAUGGAUUUGGAUGUGUAUGUUCCACGCAAUUCAACCAUCUGGCCAAUUCUUCUCUCUGUGCAACAUAAUUUAGCAUUGUUCUUCAUAUACUCCUAUUUUCAAAUAGAGGUAGUAAUAUUUAUAAAUCAUCAUGAUUGCUCAAUCA